CCGUGGUCCUCACGGCUUCACUCACAACCCUCAACAACCCUCCCGGGCCCUAUUAGGCUAAGUGAGCCGUUAGUUCAAAUAAAUAGUUCGAAAAAUCUUGUGCCAACAAGAUGAGCAACAAGAACAACCUGCUGCUGUUCUUCGACCGCCCCACGGAGCCCUGCUUCAUGCAGAAGGGCGACGACAAGGCGGUCUUCGAACUCCCCGAACAUUACUAUCCGGACAAGUACAAGAAGGUGUCAAGCACCCUGGGCAACCGGUUUGGCAACGAGGCCGGGCGCACUAUCCCCGUCAGGAACAUCGCUCUGCCCAACCUGGACCUGCCCAUGCAGCUGCCGUACAACGAACAGUUCUCGCUGUUCGUGCCGCGACACCGCACUAUCGCUGGGAAACUCAUUGAUAUCUUCAUGGGUAUGCGCGAUGUAGACGACCUGAUGUCCGUGUGCUCCUACUGCCAGAUGCGGCUCAACCCAUACCUGUUCAACUACUGCCUGUCCGUCGCCAUCCUGCACAGGCCAGACACAAAGGGUCUGUCCGUCCCGACAUUCGCGGAGUCCUUCCCCGACAAGUUUAUGGACCCCAAGGUGUUCCGCAAGGCUCGCGAAGUCGCCACCACUGUCUCCGAUGGCAGCAGGAUGCCAAUAACAAUCCCUUCAAACUACACGGCGUCCAGCCAAGAGCCGGAGCAGCGGGUGGCGUACUUCCGCGAAGACAUUGGCCUCAACUUGCACCACUGGCACUGGCAUCUGGUGUACCCCUUCGACGCGGCCGACCGCGCCAUCGUCAACAAAGACCGCAGGGGAGAGCUCUUCUACUACAUGCACCAGCAGAUCAUCGCUAGAUACAAUGCUGAGCGGCUGUGCAACAACCUGGGUCGCGUGACGCGCUACAACGACUUCCGCAAGCCCAUCUCCGAGGGAUACUUCCCCAAGCUCGACUCGCAGGUCGCCAGCCGCGCCUGGCCGCCCAGGUUCGCCGAGACCAAGAUCCGUGACAUUGACCGCCCUGUGGACGUGAUCAAGAUCGACGUGUCUCAGCUCGAGACCUGGAGAGACCGCUUCCUUGAGGCCAUCGAGAACGGGUCUAUCGUACUCCCCAACAACCGCACUGUCCCGUUAGACGAGGCGACGGGUAUUGACGUGCUGGGCAACUUGAUGGAGUCGUCCAUCGUGAGCGCCAACCGCGGGUAUUACGGCGACCUGCACAACAUGGGCCACGUGUUCAUCGCGUACUCGCACGACCCCGACCACAGGCACUUGGAGCAAUUCGGCGUGAUGGGCGACUCGGCGACGGCGAUGCGAGACCCUGUGUUCUACCGCUGGCACUCGUACGUCGACGACAUCUUCGUCCAGUAUAAGAGGAAGCUCACGCCAUACGCUGCUGACAGGCUGGACUUCUCCGGCAUCCGCGUGUCAGCGAUCAGCGUGGAGGGCUCCGCAGGUGCCAACACGUUCUCCACCCAGUGGGAGCAGUCCACGGUGGACCUGGGCCGUGGGCUGGACUUCACGCCGCGAGGCUCCGUACUGGCACGCUUCACUCACCUCCAGCACAACGAGUACCAAUACGUGAUCGAAGUGACGAACUCUACAGGCAGCUCGACGAUGGGAAUGUUCCGCAUCUUCAUGGCGCCCACGCAGGACGAGAACGGCUCCCCGCUCAGCUUCGAAGAACAACGACAGCUCAUGAUCGAGCUUGACAAGUUCCAGCAGGGAUUAAGCCCGGGCAACAACAAGAUCCGUCGCCGCAGCCUGGACUCCUCGGUCACCAUCCCGUACGAGCGCACCUUCCGCAACCAGUCAGACCGCCCCGGCGACCCUGGCUCCAACGAGGCGGCCGAGUUCGACUUCUGCGGCUGCGGCUGGCCGCACCACCUGCUCAUACCCAAGGGCACCCAGCAGGGGUACCCUGUGGUCCUCUUCGUCAUGGUGUCCAACUGGAACGAAGACAUGAUUGAACAAGACCUGGUGGGUUCCUGCAACGAUGCAGCUUCGUACUGCGGCAUCCGCGACCGCCGCUACCCAGACCGCAAGGCCAUGGGGUACCCGUUCGACCGGCGCGGGCGCGACGGCGUCAACAGCCUGACCGACUUCCUCACGCCCAACAUGGCGGUGAGAGACUGCUCCAUCAGGUUCACCGACGCCACACGCCAGCGGGGACAGCGGUAGGUCGGUGUAAGGGAUUGGUGAUAAGUAAGGGCUUAGACGAGGAAAAUCUCAGACAAUCUUUAAUACUUAGUAAUAAUCUUUAGAAGUAUUAUGUAGUAGUGGUCCUGCCACAAUCUGUUGGUCCAAAAUAUUUUAGAGACGUUUGCUAGUUAAGUGUGUUCUAUCUUCGACAACAUUAUCACGUUCAACAACAUAUUAUAUUAUUCUAUUUUGAUUAUGAACUGUUUUUCCGAAAAUCUUUUUCUGACUUUAAUAAUGUCACUACUGCAUGGUAUUGGUGUUAUCACAUGCGAUUUUCCAUAUAAGUAAUAUCUCAAAUGCCCUGAAGAGUAGUUUACUUAUGUCAACGUAACCAUCACUCCCUUCCUCAUCACAUCAUCAACCAGUAGCAAGCAACCUUCAUUUUCUUUUAUCGUCUAAGUUGUGAGGUAAAUUACCAACCUCAGCAACCCUGGUGUUCGGGUCAGAGCCGCCAACGGCCACGUAACAACUACGUGCUUACAUCAGUUAGUAGUAACCGUGACCAACGUGACGUAUGUUCCUUUCGAAGCACAUCAUCGACAUGGACAAUCGGGUUAUCAGCCUGUAAUGUCCUCACCAAACUGGGGAUCACAAAGUAAUUUUUGCCGUAGCCCAUCAAAUGGCGAGGUACAGACAGACCAUAAACAAGUAGAUGAGACCACUGCCCCCCCUGCGACGGUGGGGGGCGUGUGGGAGUGUGGCUGCAAGGAUCACUACAGUCCUGAAGACAUAGACCGUCUCAUCAGAAAACCUUACUAUUACUCCAAGUGUACUGCUUGUGCGCCCAAAUACUCGUAAGGACGGAAUAGGCCAGUUCUUUUUUCAAAUCAAAUCCAUUUAUUUACUAGAACAUACUUCCAUAUUCUUAACACUUCGAAGCCCAGAAAGUCCACAAGUAAUGUCCCAGGACCAAGUGCCAUACCAUUAUGAGUGAAAGGUCAAUGACUCAUGGUUUGUGUCCGUGAAAGUGUUAAUUAUUGAUUUAUUUUUUGAUCAUUAUCAUAGGAAGAGUUUAGCCGCUUACUUUUGUCACUAAAUGGUUUAUUGAUUAAAUGUUGUUAGGCCGAAUGUACAUUUAAAAAUCCAAACCCCAUUAUUGUACUAUUGUAAAUCUAGACCUUACGAGGUAUAACAGAUUGUUUAAAAGGCCAUAUUGGAACAAUUAUUUAUCUAACAAAGCAAUAUUGCAAUUUGACAUUUGCGCAUAUAAAAGAAAAUUCGUCAACAAAUGUCAAAUACUCGUAGCAAUAUUGCUUUUAACGAUUAAUUUCUUCAAUGAGAUUUUUUAGACCACCCAGGUCUACAUUACAUAAUUAACUACUUAUUCAUUUUUAUUCGCUAUUUAUUAUUGGAAACUUUCUUUUAAAAGGAUUUGUUCAAGGAUAUUGUAUGAGAUAUGUUCAAACAUUUGGAAGUUUUAUGAAGUGGAAAUAACAGUUUGGUAACGUGGUUAGGAAAAUGUUUUUAACUUUAAAGGUAUUUUCCCUCGAAGUCGCUUAAUGAUCGUUUCCAAUAAUAUCAUAAUAAAUUCAUAUAAUAGCAAAAAUGACAAUAACCAUUAUCUCUCAAAUUUGCAUUUGAAUAAAGUUAUUUGAUAAAUUGCACUUUUAAUAUUCGUUAUUUUUUUCUCUACUUUUCUUUUUUCUUCUAAACUUUAUUUACUAGCUAAGCGUAUACCAACAUAAGCCACAUGGUCAUUUACCACCUGAGGGGUUAAAAAAGGCCGCAUCGAAGCACUGCAAUUCACCUGUAAAAGCAAUAUUUGACAUUUGCUUGCAUUGCGCACUUACUUUUAUAUGCGAAAAUGUGAAAUUGCAAUAUUGCUUUUUUAGAUGAAUUGUUUCGAUGCGACCUUUUUAACCCCCUCAGGUGAGUGGUCAAAAUCAGACUUAUUUUUAAUAAAAGAAAAAAAUCGUUGAUACUGGUGACAACAUUGGCUUUGUUAAAAGGAUUCCGACAUAGUUUAUGUUUAGUUUUUUAUAUUAUUUUAGUUAUUUAGCACUCGUAGUAUCUGUGUAUUGUCUUCAAAGAUAUAUUAUGUACUUACUUGCAUGGUAGUUAUAGAGGUAGUUAUGUUACAUUCUAGUUUAGUUGUAAGUAGUGUAAGCGGGUCUUAUUCAUAGCGUAACUCUGUAAAUAUGUACAAAUUGUAAAUAACUUGUAAUUCAAGAGACUGAAUAUAUUUGCCUUUCACCAA